CUCAGAACAGGGUGGACGACGUGCCACAAGUCACAGCCACUUCCUGGGGCAAAGUCGGGGUAAUGCAAAUGUCUGGAGACGCGGGAAAUUGUGUGGGGCAUGUAUCCUAAUGGUCUGGAACCUCAGCUGCUCCCAGUCUCCGGAAGAACGAUUUAAAGACUUGAUGGCUUCCUCCAUCCGAGACAUCGUCUUGAGGCAGCGUUUGCGUCCAAUCCAAAAGCGCAACCCAGCUUUGCUUUGCUUAUCAUCUAUCUGAAAGACUUCAACUUCUCCCAGCAGCCCCCUCAUUGCUUCCAGCACCCUAGCUGUCACAAUGUCGGACCCCAAACUGAACGAUGACAUAGACGUCAAGGCCAACAAUUCCCUGGGCUGCGUCGAGAACCACGAGCACAUUGCCCUCAAGUCGGGUCACGACAAACUCGGCCUGCGAGCUUCGGCAUGGAGAUUCCGAAAGGCUGUCCUUGUUUGCAAUCUCCUAUGUAUCGCCGCUGCUUGCGAUGGAUUCCAAAUCAGCCUCAAUGGGAAUAUCAUCGCCAACCAAGGUUUUAUCAACCAUGUCGGCUUCCAGAAUGUCGAAGGAGUCUAUGCGCUCAAAGCUCAAUACACUGCUCUCUGGGGUGCCCUGCAAUCCCUGGGCCAGAUCAUCGGCAUGCUCUCGCUGAAUCCCGUUUCGGACAGAAUCGGGCGCAAGCAGACACUGUAUUUCCUCUGGGUGCUCCUCGCUGCAUCUGUCGCCAUCGAGACCGCCGUUCGUGACUGGAAGGACUGGGCUGGAGCCAAGCUGUUGGCUGGGGCCGGGAUAGGAGCACUACAGGCAACAUUGCCCGUCUACAUCACCGAAUGGUCCCCUGUCAAUAUCCGAGGCGCAAUGGUACUUGCCUACGGGUUCUGGAACACAAUCGGGAACUUCUUGGCUCCCAUGAUUCUCACCAUCAUGCAAGCCACCGACCCUCUGGACUAUAAAACUCCCAUCCUGACUCAGUGGGGCUUCCUGGGUAUAAUGCUACCAAUAUUCAUCUGGCUUCCAGAGACCCCUGCAUACUACGCGGAGAGGGAUCAAGACGAGCCGGGAAGGAAGACACUGAGGCGUGUCAACGGCGGAGUGCUGGAUUAUGACGUCGAGGCAGAGUAUGCUAUCGUCAAAAACACGAUCCUGGAGGAACGACGCAUGCGAGAGGAAUAUGGACCGGAUAGCAAGACUUUCGCCGAUAUCGCCCGAACCUAUGUGGCUUGCUUUAAGGGGUCCAACGCGCGGAGGACUCUCGGCGCCGCUCUCCCGGCCUGCACUCAACAACUGACCGGUCUUGCUUUCUUGAACACCUACGCCAGCUUGUUCUUCAAGCAAAGCGGUUUCAAAAAUGCGUUCCUCAUUACCACUAUCUUAAGUAUCAUUCAACUUGUUGCCGCAUUGGCAUUAAUUCUCGUCUCGGACAAAGCUGGGCGCAGGCUGGCUACAUUUACCUCCGCCAUUGGUUGCUCGUUGGCCAUGAUGGUGGUUGGUAUCCUCGGGUUUGUGAACAAGACGACGCCGAUUCUGAACCUUCUCAUCUUCACUGCCUGUGUUUGGGCCUUCUUCAACAAAGCUCUUGGCAGCAUCGGAUGGGCUUUCGUCGGUGAAGUAGCAUCGCAAAAGCUCCGUGCUCGUACCGCCGGCGUCGCAGCAGCCACUUCGGUUAUUUUUGGUCUCACCUUCAAUACCACAGUCCCUCUCAUGUUGGACACCGAUGGCGCCAACUGGAGUUAUAAAACAGCAUGGCUUUUCUUUGGCACUGGAUUAGUGACCAUCGUUAUCGUUUAUUUCUAUGUGCCCGAGCCUGCGCAGCGUAAUUCCGCUGAAAUGGACGAAAUGUAUGAGAAGCGCGUACCCGCCCGAAAGAUGCGCAAGUAUGUCACCGAUGUACAGAGAGCUGUCCAUAUCGACGACCAUCCGACGGUGUGAUGGUCCAGAGACGCACACAUGACAACAACUUGGAUAUAGAAGAAUACGCGGAGUAUUCAAACGACUUAGGUUAGCCAAGUGUUACAUUAAAGGGGCAUCAGCAGCCUAAAGGCUUCGAAGGAAUCUUUUUAUUGUACCAUCCCAGUCUAAAAGUCCAAGUAUCAACGUGCAAAUGGAAAUGCAAAUGAUUGUCGUGGCUAUUCCUCCA